CUUUUGGUUCUUAGAGCGUGUUGAAAAAUAUUCAACAAUAAAUCAACCAGUAUUUACACUUUGUUGCUCGAAAGGAAAAGUUCAAUUACCCUAUUUGUAAAGGCCUCCAGAAUUAUUGUGUAACCUUAUAGAUGGUCGUGAUAAUAAGUCUUUGCAUUUUCAAAAAAAUAUUAGAUUGUACAAUAGUAUGUUUGCAUUCACUUCUUUUGGAUGUAAGGUGCAUGACUUAAUUAACGAUGGUAGUGGACCACCUCAAUUUAUCAUAAAUGGGCAAGUUUAUCAUCGAAUUGGGAGUUUGCUACCAACUAUUGGUGAAAAUCCAAAAUUUGCACAGUUAUAUAUCUAUGACACGCAGCACGAAGUAGUCAAUCGCCAUGGAAUUUUCAGGCAAACAACUGAAAUAGAUAAGGAAUUGAUAGUUGGUCUAAUGCAAAUGAUUGAUGAACACAAUGUUAUAGCCCAAUUGUUUCGGAGAGCUCGACAAUUUUAUGAGUAUCAUCCUUCGCAGGAAUUUUGUUUGAGAUUGUUUUCUCAGCGAGUACAUGAUCCAAGAAUUUACAAUUAGCUUUCGUGUGAUGAGAUUGCUGCUUUGAUAGUUGGAGAUUUCGAAUCAUCCGACCAUGGUCGUGAUGUUAUUGUUCAGUCCACCAGUGGUCAAUUGCAACAGAUUUAUGAAACUCAUGCUUUAUACUUGUCAUUAUAGUAUCCUUUACUUUUUCCUUUUGGUGAGGAUGGGUAUCAAUUGAAUAUCCCGUAUCGAGGGGUUCAAAAUACUUACGUGCGUGGAAGAAGGACGAGGAUGUCUUUGCGUGAGUUUGUGAGUUUUCGAUUACAAGUGAGAGAAUAUGAGGGAAGCAUCAUUCACAAAGCUAGGAGGUUGUUCCAACAAUUUGUUGUUGAUUGUUUUGCAUCGAUAGAAUCACAGAGACUCUUUGAAAUUAGGAAGAAAUAAAGUACAAUUAGAGGGGAGUUUUUGCAUGGUAUAGAGGAAGCUAUGCAACGUGGUGAUGUCGAAGCAUCCUCAAUUAGGACAAGGGUUAUACUACCAUUUUCUUUUACAGGUGGUAAACGUUAUAUGUUUAAUAAUUUCCAGGAUGCUAUGGCAAUUUGCAAGCAUUAUGGUUAUCCUGAUUUGUUCCU